AUGCAGACUUUCAAGCAGUUUUGCUCCAACUGGAUCCCGCCGGCGUUCCAUUUCGGCCAAAGGCAAUAUGUCAUCGGCAAUCGAACGCUGAGAGAGGAGAAACCCAUUUCAGAAGGGGGCUACGCCUUUGUGUCCAUUGUUCGAGAUGUCGCGACGGGGGAGCUCUUCGCGCUCAAGCGGAUUCUUUGCCAGGACCGCGAGCGCUAUCAGCUCGCCCGCGAGGAGGCGAAGCUCCUGGACUCUCUCCCGCCUCACCGAAACGUCGUCGGGUACUACGGGAGCGCCAUUGAGUCGAUUCCGGCGACGUCGUCGACGGCUGCCGCGCGCGAAGUUCUUUUGCUUCUCGAGCUCUGCGACGGUGGGCACGUCCUCGAUCUCCUUGAGCGCCAUCAGGGGCAGUUGAAGGAGGCGUGGAUUCUCCACAUCCUCAAAGACAUCACUAGCGGCAUCGCGCAUCUCCACGCGCAGUCUGUGCCGAUCUCUCAUCGAGACUUGAAGAUCGAAAACGUCCUCUGCUGUCCGAGGCCGGCGGGCGCGAGCACGGGCGCCGCCGGCGGGGGCAGCGGAGAUUUCGACGGCGAAGGCCAGACGCCGCUCGACUUUGUGUUCAAACUUUGCGACUUCGGAAGCAGCCACACGCGGCAACUCGACACCGCGACGUGCUCCAGGGAGGAGCUGCUCAAGGCGGAGGACGAAAUCGCCAGAAACACGACGCUGAUGUAUAGACCUCCAGAGAUGGUUGACGUCUACCGGCGGCUGCCCAUCGGACCGCAGGUGGAUAUGUGGAUGCUGGGCUGCAUUCUCUACACGCUCUGCUUCUUCCGCCAUCCCUUCCAAGAAGAAUCGUCUCUCGCGAUCGCGAACGCCAACUACUCAAUUCCUUCAAACGAUUACAGCCCGGAGUUGAUUUCGCUGCUUCAGCAGCUCCUCUCCGUGAACCCGAGUGACAGACCGACCUCAGAGGAGCUGCUCGCUCUGCUGGAGAGCGAGGAGGGCUUCCGCGAGCGCAUGCGUGCGCGCGGCGGAGACGCCGAGCCCAACGGCCAGAAGAAAGACAAGCGGACGAAGGCUGGCAAGAAGGAGGCGAAGAAGGAGGCGAAGAGUGACCGCGGCAAAAAGCUCGAAGAGAAGCCCUCCAAAGACAAAAGACGCCACGGCAAUGCGGAGUCUUCCCCGUGGGACUUCCAGUCUGCCGACCUCUCACCGUCCUCUCCGUCGUUGUUCUACUCUGCGUUUCAAGGCGCCGGCGCGUGGACCGCAGAGGCUGCCUGGGCGCCGGGGGGGACUAGGGGAGACAGCCAGUUUGGAGGCGAGUGCGGGCGCACCGGAGAGACGUUGCCGCCCUGGAGAGCCUUUGCGGACGCGCCUCGAGGUCCGCGCGACGGCGGAGCGAAGGCGGAGGCGUUCGACCGAAGCGAAGGCUCCACCAAGGCGCCGCCCGAGGCAGAAGAUCCUUUUUUUCGUUCCUGCGGAACCUCCCACUUCUUCCAAGACGAAACCUCGCCUGCGCACGACGCCGCACAGGCCGACUUCUUCGCCGCCAGCUGGGAAUCCCGCGGAAAGGAGGCAGACGGCGCGCCUCCCAGCACUGCCGCCUUCGCCGUCUCCGCUGCGGCCUUCGCCGCCCCCGACCCGCCCGCCGCCUGCGCACUGCCCCCGAGGCGAGGCGCCGCGGAUCCCGCUCUGAACGCCUUUGCAUGCUUCGCGCAGGCGCCCGCGAGCGAAAACGCUGCGGCGGAUGCGCCGGCGACCAGCUCGCUCGCUCAGCGCGCGUCGGACCGCGGGCGCGGAGGCGGCGAAACGUCAAACGCGCGAGAGGCGCGCGCGGGCGCGGCUGAGGGCUUGACUGCCGUCGCGUCUGCCGCGGAAGACGACACGCGCGAGGCGCAAGGCUUCGCCUCAUGGACAGCGACCUUCGAUGACGCAUGCGCAUCCGCCUCUGCGAGUCCGCCUGCUGCGACUGCGUCGUCUCCCUCGCCGGGGCUGUGCCGCUCUCCAGGCGGCAGUUUUUUCCGCUGCGUCGACGCGCCGACUACUUCCUCGCAAGCGUCCGCCGCUUCCGUCACCCAGUCUGCCUCGCUCCCGACUGCCUCGCGGCGCGCUGCUCCACCCCUCGCGGCGUCAUCCUCCUUCGGCGCGUCGUCGCGGGGGGCGUCCGGCACAGGCGCGAGGAGCUCCUUCGCCCCCCUGGCUGGCGCGUUCUCUCACUCCUUUCCGCAGCAGCCGUCGUCGGCCGGCAGCGUGUCGCACACGCCUUCGCGAACCGGCGACGCGCGGGCCUUCUCGGUGCCUUUCAACCUCUUCGGCGACUUCCGCGCGACGUCCGCCGCCGCCGCCGAAGCGACCCAGACGCGCAGCGAGCGAGCCUAG